UUUCUCCUCAUAGACGUGAGCUGAUAGCGUUUGUAUUUUUAGCAACGAUGUGCUAAAUGCAGAUGACUAACGUGCCGGCUUCCCAAGAUCCCAGCAUCACGGAUAAAUAAACUUGGCAGCUAGUACAGCAAUUAACAUCAAUUUACGAGCUGGUUAACAUCAACGUCUAACCUGGUGGCACUACCAGUCAUAUUCCCAUAAAAUGCCACGACAACGAAGCGAAUUCAACAGUUCGCACCACAUUUCGUGUCAGUUCAGUUCGAGUUACAAAAGUUUUGCUGCUUCCGCAACAAUGAGAAAAUUUUUAGUUUUCGUGGCCUUGUGCGCCGUUUGCACUGCGGCUCCAGCACCAACUGAAGUUAAGCAGGAAACCCUGGAUCAUCCCAGUCCCAUCAACCCGGAUGUUCUCAUCGAUCCGAAGCCAGCCGAUAAGGUUGUGCUGCUGUCCAAAGAAAAGCUUCAUCGCCAGAAGCGCAAUGAAGCUGCGACUCCCGCUCCGGCAAAGCCUCAUUCCGCCUUGGCUAGUGAAUCCUUGCAGCAUGAUUCCCACGCCCAUGAUCAGGCUCCUGCCAAGCCUCAUUCCGUCCAAGCACAUGCAGCACUGCAACACGAUCCUGCGAGGCCAAAGCGUGAGACACCUGUGAAACCAGCUAGUGUUGCAGCACAUGAAUCCUUGCAACAUGAUGGCCACGCCCAUAAUCAGGCUCCUGCCAAGCCUCAUUCCGUCCAAGCUCAUGAAGCACUGCAGCACGAUCCUGCGAGGCCAAAGCGUGAGUCACCUGUGAAACCAGCUAGUGUAGCAGCACAUGAAUCCUUGCAGCAUGAUGGCCACGCCCAUGACCAGGCUCCUGCCAAGCCUCAUUCCGUCCAAGCUCAUGAAGCACUGCAACACGAUCCUGCGAGGCCAAAGCGUGAGACACCUGUGAAACCAGCUAGUGUUGCAGCACAUGAAUCCUUGCAGCAUGAUGGCCACGCCCAUGAUCAGGCUCCUGUCAAGCCUCAUUCCGUCCAAGCACAUGCAGCACUGCAGCACGAUCCUGCGAGGCCAACGCGUGAGACACCUGUGAAACCAGCUAGUGUUGCAGUACAUGAAUCCCUGCAACAUGAUGGCCACGCCCAUGAUCAGGCUCCUGUCAAGCCUCAUUCCGUCCAAGCUCAUGAAGCACUGCAGCACGAUCCUGCGAGGCCAACGCGUGAGACACCUGUGAAACCAGCUAGUGUUGCAGCACAUGAAUCCCUGCAACAUGAUGGCCACGCCCAUGAUCAGGCUCCUGUCAAGCCUCAUUCCGUCCAAGCUCAUGAAGCACUGCAGCACGAUCCUGCGAAACUAAGGCAAACGGCACAUGUGAAGCCAGCUAGUGGUGAAGCCCAUGAAUCUUUGCAACAUGAUCACCAAAAGAUUGCUGCCGCUGUUCAGCGCAAUCGCCGCGACAUUCCAGUGCCCACCCAAGUCAAGUCGACAGCCGCGCCCAAGGUGGAGCAAAAGAUAGAUGAGAUACAAGUGGAAGAACCGCAUGCUCACGUGCCGUACAUUAGUGAUCUGGUCAGCAGCACCCCACACAGUCCACUGCGUCAUCAUCCAGUGCCCGUUGCGGAGCUCUUCAGCAAGCCCAAGUCCGCUGAGAAACCCAAAUCCAGCAGUAGCGCUGAAGAGAGCAAGGAGAGCAAGGAAAGCAAGGAAAGCAAGGAAAGCAAGGAGAGCCAAAAGGCCAAGUAACGACCUUAACUUUUACGCUCUUAACGUUAAUUACUUGGACAUGUUACAACUCGAAAAAACCAGAUAUGAAAAAUAAAUAAAAAUAUACAAAUACA